AUGUUGGCUCCCCGGCGUUUUCAACAAGUAAGAGAGAGCGUCGACAGGAAAUUUGCGGUGGAGACGGCGGUGGAAACGUUACACCGAGAUUGUACGGACCCGUGUAGACCGAGGGGUGGGAUUCAAACUUUCGGGUUCGCGUUGGGUCGCUUAAUCAACCUCGAGAGCAAGCUUUUGUUGGCUGGUUCUGAUACGGCCGCCUGGGGUUCUCAUGCGUCGCUCGCGCGUAUUUUCUUCCAAGAAAUAAUUCGAUGGUUUUACGCCAGUCAGGCUGUCCCUUUGUCUCCGGUGCGGAUCCAUCGGGAGGACCAACCGGUGCCUUUCCCUGGUUCAUCCCGCCGGUGUUCCCACCGCCGUGGCCGGCAAGCGCGCCCAAGCUGCCCCCGUUGCACGCCAUCCUGUCGCAGUACAUCGGCCUACCCCUUCCGCAGAACCUGGCGUCCCUUAGCACGGUUCUGCCGGUCGGUUUGAACCCGGCCUCCACCCUCAAUCACAACAACGUCAACGGGCACACGCUCGGAAGUCACAUACCUGGACAUCCGCUGAAUCUCGGCGUGCAGAGUCUACCGCAGAAUCUCAGUUCGAAGCACGACAAGGAGGAGGACUCCGCCUCGUCGGACGAUGAGAUCAGGAGGCAGAGCGCGGAGGUGCUCAGAGUGAAGGCGGAGGAAGUUCUACGCAAGGUGGAUAAUUAA